AUGGGCGACCCUCACUUGUACAAAAAACCGACCUUCAGAUGUGCACAGGUACGAUUACUUGUGAAUAACAAUGGCGGCGCACGCGCAGCUUCAGUUUUCCGGCCAGGAAAUCAACCGAAACAAAAGUCAAUAUAUUUCUGUUUCCAUCUGCCUUCUCGACGCCUGAACACGUGCGAGGAAUAUACACAAAAUGAGCCGUACGGAAAAGUUCCAGUUGCAAGUGAGCCAGACCGAGAACGUAUACGAUCUGACGUCGAGAACCGAAUCAAGAGCGCCUUAGAUGACAUCGAGGCUCCAACAGAUCAACUUUUUGAUUCAAGAGGAGCGCGAGCACAACGUGGAAGGCCACUUUCCUCUGCUUUCGAAGAGGAUGAUCUCAAUGAUGAAAUCACAGAAUCUCUGAAGCGUCUCCGCGCCAGUAAGAAAUCUUCUCGAUUCACUGAGGACAUCGAUUUUGAGAACAGCGUCUCAAAUUUCGAAAAUCGUAUGCGAAUUUCUGAUAAAAUAUUAGAAUCUGUGGGAAUAGGUCAAUCUGAAGUAAGUGGAGCUAGACGAGCCCUGCAAGAGAAUGAAGAACGCACAGAGAAACGCAUUGCACGCAGGCUAAACGAAGAUAAUUCACUUACCAAGUGGACUGCCUUAAAAAAUUUCGACGAUGAAACAGCUGCUGCUCAGCGAGCAAAGGCAACAAGAGCUCGUUUGUCCGACUUAGAAGAUGAAAUGACUGAACUCUCUGAAAAAAGUGCUGCCAGAGAGAAACGCGCCGCACGUCUACGUGCUUUAGUAGCCGACACCGAUUCAUCAGACACUACGAUGGCGUCCUCAAAAAUUACCAUUCGUUCAGAGAGGGAGAAGAAACAAGUCACUUUUUAA